AUGGAAGAAAUGUUCAAUGAACUAAUUGAACGCAUGUCUAAAGAUCAUCAACUUGUACAGACCAUGUGCAGUGAACUUGGGGAGGGAUAUACUGUGGACGUAGUAAACAGAAAAGAUCUGUGCAAAGCUAUGAUCAAAAUACUGUUUUAUAUUAAUAAGUUGAAAAUGACAGAUCAUGGGAAGCUGGAGGUGGAGAGGGGCAACAAUGGUGAGGAAGGAAUAUGGGACUACAUGCGAUGUAUCAUAGGGAGUGUAACUAUAAUACAAUUAUUUGGGAAACAUUGCAGGUUGAGGGAAAUUACGGAAUAUGUGUCUGGUGCAGUAGGAGCACAGAGAGAUAUGCUCGGGGCGGUAGAUAACUAUCGGAAGUGCAAAUGGGUUAAUACUGAAAGUUUCAGUGUAGCUAACAGAAUGUUUGGGAAAACGGUACAAGAAUGGAUAGAGAAGAAUGAAAGUAAGAAAGGAAUAAAGGGUGCAAAGGAAAUAGUAAGAAAAGCAAAAUGCGACAAACACGUAAAGGUGAACAUAGUGGAAGAGAAGGGGGAGUCAGAACGGAAAAUGGGCGUAGUGGGAGUUCUGCGGAAAACCAAUGAUAAUGAGUUAAAGAAAAUGGUGGAAAAUGAAGGUGGUAUGGAGAAGGAUAAAGUUAACCAAAUGUUAGAUGGAAUGAAGAAUUUAAAUUGUAGCCAACUGGAACAAAAAAUAAAGGAACAAUUCCGUGGAGCUUGGGAACUGGGAGAAGAUGAUAACAUUAACGAAUGGUUCACGAAGUUCUCUAAUCAGCCAACAGAUUCGGAGAGUGAAUAUUAUGAUUUCAAGUUGUUCGGUUACCUAUCUUCUGUGUGUGAUAGCGAUGCACAGGGCCAGGGUAGAUUGAAGAGUGUGCAAGAUAAAGAAUUCUGUAGGGUUAUGGUAAAAAAUUUGAUGAUGGCAAAUAAGAAUAAAAGACCAUGUGAGGAAGACAAGGAGCAGAGUAAUAAUUGCCAAUGGAAGUGUAUUUCCAAGUGUGAUCUGUUAAACGCAUGGUUAUUAUAUGUGGGUUUAAGAUGCAACAGAAUGGAAGUUAUUAAAUAUGCAUUUGAAGCAUUCGACGCUCUGGAUAUUAUGUUAAAGAAUAGUGGGUACAAUAAUGAGUGUAGGUAUGGUAAAUUUAGUGGUCUGUACAGAGGGAAGCACGAUAUGGUGAAUUUGUUAUCUGAAUUUAUCCGUAGAAAUGAUAAGAGGAACAAAUUGAGUGAAAUACACGACAAAAACUGGUGCAAGGGUGGAAAAACAACUAAUUUUGAUCCACUGAAGGUUUCGCUGCGUGGACGCGGCAGUGGCAAUCAGGGUGGGGAUGAGAGGUUAGGGGAAUUUGUGGAAAAAGUGGAAAAGCUUAAGGAAGAAAUUCAAAAGAUACAACAAUCACCACCCUCUAAACCAGGCGGUGCAGUAAACACCUGUAGCAACGGCAAAAGUAAAUUACAGACCCGCUUAGACAAAGUCACAAGCACAUGGAAAAAUAAUAGACCAGGGACGGGUAUGGAUAAAUACUGGAAUAACGACAUAAAAAGUAUAUUGAAAGAUCUGUCUAAUGCUAUGAACAGCACGGGCACAGCCGACGAUAAUCUAUGCAAAGACAUUGGGCAGAAGACAAAUGGUACAUCUACAGAGGAACAAAAUAAGAAAGCAUGUACUUACAUUGUUAGAGGGUUAAAACAUAUAUACAAUAUUCCUACCGACCUGACGGAUACGAAUGACAGAGAUAACAGGGAAUUCAAGAGUACCAUAGCAUGUGCAUUAUUGAAUGCAUACAUGAAGGAAUUGUUACGGGGAAAUUGUAUAACCAAGGAGGCCGUGGAAUAUGCCUUUACUAUCAAAAGGAGAUCCUAUGGAAAGGGAUGUCCAGAAGGAGUUUGUAAAGAAUGUCACAGGGAAGAGUGUACAGAUUAUACUGUUGAGCACGAAAAUCUAUGGAAUAAAGUAAAAACGACGGUUGACGGGAAGGACGGAAUAGUAGCACAAACUAUAACUGCUAUAAAUGAUAUAUGUACGCAGAAUACGCAAGCGAAGACUCAACAGGAACCUGGUUCGAAGUCAGCACCUCCACCAAAGAAACCAGGUAACAAAAGUGUACAAUGCGGAAAGGCCGCAACGUACAGAAAAAGUGAUGAUCGCAGUUCAAUUCUAAUUAGUGGUGCCGAGCCCAAUCCAGAAAAUUGUAAUGACUUCAUACCUCCCAGUAUAACAAAUACAGAGGAUGAGGAGCACAUACAGGAAAUAUUAAGUUCAAUACCAGGAGUGCAGGUGGAGGAUGCUCCCUCCGGAGCUUCUGAUAAGGAUACGAAGGAAGUAACUGCCGUCACCGGAACUGGAACUCCAGGUAAUAAUAUCUAA